AGGAAAAGCGAGAGCGUGAGCGAGAGAGCAGUGUGUCUCUGAAGCCUCUCUCAGUCUUCUGCUGCACUCGUCUUUCACACACAUCGCUCAGACAGGAGGAGAUGAAGAUGAAGGUGAUGAUGAUGAUGGCGCUGGUCCUCCUCGCCGCUCCGCUCGUGGGGGCGGUCCCAGGGUUCCAGCUGCGUCUGGUGGGCGGCAGGAACAGGUUCGAGGGUCGUCUGGAGGUUCUGUAUAACGGCGCCUGGGGGACCGUGUGCGACGACGAGGUCAACAUCAACCUGGCCAACGUGGUGUGUCGCGAACUGGGCUUUUCCCGCGGACUCACCUGGGCCCACAGCGCCAAGUUCGGCAAGGGCCAGGGGCCGAUCUGGCUGGAUAACGUCUGGUGUUCGGGCAGCGAGAGCUCUCUGGCGGAGUGUCGCUCGAACGGCUGGGGAGUGAGCGACUGCAACCACGCUGAAGACCUGGGGGUCAUCUGCAGCCCGGAUCCUCCCAGCCAGGGCCACGUCCCUCGUUACCAAGAGCCUUCUUCUCCUCAGAGCUCCAGCCUGGUCUCCAGCGCUCCUCAGCGGGGCCACGAGAUCGCUCUUCACCGGGGCCGGGGCCCGUCGUCUCCGCAGCUCAACGCCCAUCGUAUCCAGCUGCGCAGGAACGGCUUGGAGAGCGGGGUCACGGGUCUGCCCCAGGGCCACCGCAUCCCGGACUUCCCGCGGAGCAGAGCCUCGUACAGAAGAUCGCCGGUGACGCCCGCUCAGACCAGCAGGGUCCCCGAGAGACCGGAGCCGGCGCCUGAGCCGGUCUACAGCCGCGAGCCGGUCCAACCCGGCCUGGAGCACGGGAACAGGAUGGACCUGGACUUCACGGACGAGCAGCCGUCCGGCCCGGUCCAGCUGGACGAGGUGCGCCUGCAGCCCGUUCUGAGCGCCGCUCGCAGCGCCGCCAUGGUAACGGAAGGCGUGCUGGAAGUGAGGCAUGCUGGGAAGUGGAGGCAGGUGUGCAGUCUGGGCUGGGAUCUGAGCAGCAGUCGGGUGGCGUGUGGGAUGCUGGGAUUCCCUUCAGCGGAGCAACCCGACACACGCCUGUACCGGAAACUGUGGGACUCCAAGAUGGAGGAUCCAGCCACGAGGUCGGCGGUCAGUAAGAAGGCGUUCUGGGUCGAGCGGGUCCAGUGUUCUGGUUCCGAGGUCUCUCUGGGUCAGUGUCGAGCGCAGCUCUCCGUCCCGAGGCACGAGGUUCCCUGCGCCGGAGCGAUGCAUGCGGUGGUGCGCUGUGUUCCCGGCGCUCAGUUCUCCAGAAGCUCCGCCUCCGGACACCAGCAGGCCCCGCACCUGCAGGCGGCGGUGCGUCUGAAGGCCGGUCCGAGGCUGGGUGAGGGUCGUGUGGAGGUUCUCCGUGAGGGAAAGUGGGGGACAGUGUGUGACCAUCUGUGGGAUCUGACCGCGGCCAGCGUGGUCUGCAGAGAGCUGGGCUUCGGCUCGGCCAGAGAGGCCCUGCGAGGAGCGCUCAUGGGCCAAGGUACGGGUCUGAUCCACAUGAACGAGGUGCAGUGUUCGGGCCGGGAGAGCUCCAUCACACAGUGCCGCUUCCAGGAGGUUCAGCGUUACUCGUGCAAACACUCCCAGGAUGCAUCUGUCCGCUGUAACGUCCCCAACGCCGGCCUGAGCGCUACGGUGCGUCUGGCGGGCGGCCGGGAGGCGACGGAGGGCCGGGUGGAGGUGCUGAUGGAGGAGAACGGUCAGCAGAGGUGGGGCUCCGUCUGCAGCGAGAACUGGGGCAUUAACGAAGCCAUGGUGGUGUGUCGACAGCUCGGCUUCGGCUUCGCUUCCAGGGCCCAUCAGGAGACCUGGUUCUGGCCCAGCAGCUCCGGAGACCAGGACCCGCUUCUGAGCGGAACACACUGCACCGGAAACGAGAUCUCCAUCCAGCACUGCCACAGAAACACACACCUGUACUGCCCACGAGGGGGCGGAGCCAGAGCCGCAGGGGUCACCUGUGUGGAUGUGGCUCCUGAUCUGGUGAUCGACGCUCAGCUGGUUCAGGAGUCAGCGUAUCUGGAGGACCGUCCUCUUCACCUGCUGACCUGUGCUCACGAGGAGAACUGUCUGUCGUCGUCUGCUGCUCGUAUGAGCUGGCCGUACGGUCACCGGCGGCUGCUGCGCUUCUCCUCACGCAUCAUGAACCUCGGGCGAGCCGACUUCAGGCCCAAAGCCUCGCGGGACUCCUGGACCUGGCACCAGUGCCACCGACACUACCACAGCAUCGAGGUCUUCACGCACUAUGACCUCCUGACCCUGAACGGCACGAAGGUCGCUGAAGGUCACAAGGCCAGCUUCUGUCUGGAGGACACCUACUGCCCCGAAGGCCUGACCAAACGCUACGCCUGCUAUAACAUGGGCGAGCAGGGCAUCAGCGUGGGCUGCUGGGAUACGUACCGCCACGACAUCGACUGCCAGUGGGUGGACGUCACCGACGUGAGGCCCGGAGACUACAUCUUCCAGGUGGAGGUCAAUCCCUCGCUGGACAUGGCCGAGUCUGACUUCAACAACAACGUGAUGCGCUGCCGCUGCCGCUACGACGGAGCACGAGUCUACCUGUACAGCUGCCACACCGGUGACGCUUACAGCGCAGAGAUAGAGGACCUGUUUGAACACCAGCGUCAGAUCUCAAACAACUUCCUCUGAUGGACCGAAGCGUUUCUCUGAUCGCGACAUCGCGUCGCAACACUCGCUGGGCGGAGCCUGCGUGAUUGACGGGUAGGGGGUGGGGUUAGUGUGAUGAUUGACAGGCGGGCGUUUACAGUACAUUUUGGCCAGUAUUCAUGAAGCAGAAGAUCAGAAGAACUUCCUGCCGUUAUAAUGAAGGGAUUUCAGGAGUUUCCAGCACAUCUGGAUGAUUCAUCUUCAUCAUCUGUUCCAGAUUCCAGGAAAUAAUGUUAUGCCACAAAAUAAUAAUAAAAAAAAAACACUAACAGUGACAAUCGGUCAUGAUGAAAUUGGAACAUCGUUUUUCCGAAUGGAACAAUUUAAAGUAAACACAAUAGAAUAGUCUUUUUUCCUGCUCGUUUCAUUUUGCUCGUUUUGGUUUGUUGGAGAGAAAACAUGUUUAUUCUCUGUCUUUCAUUUUAAAAUCUCUCUGAAGAUCAGCAGCUCUCAACCAGACUGACUUCAAAGUAUUUCACUUCAUUCUCAAAUAUUUCUAGCAUUUCAUUGACGAUCAAAUAACCAUGAAUUUAACUUUUCAAAGUCUAAACAAUGCUUUCUAAUUCUACAUUUCUAUAUAAAAGAAACACACAAAAUGAAAUUCAGUAAUUAUUUGAUCACUGAACGUUUUUUAAACUUUUAGAAACACAAAAUGAAUCAUAUUUAAUGAAAUAUACUGAUAUCUACCUUACUCUCUGUUAAUUAUAAAGUAAAAAAAGAGCAUAAAACAGUGUUGAACAAUGGUUUGGAUGACGGAGGACGGUUGAGAGCGUGGUCUGUAGAGGAUUUCUGAUAUUUUGUGUGGGUCAUGUUUAUUUCUCUGGCCACUGGUGCUGAUUUUAGUGGCUCAUGUAGUCUUUAUUAUUAUACUUUAUUAGAAUCUGUGUAACGAAUGUUUCAUCACUGUUGUCUCGGCAUGAACAGGUUUAUGAACUCUGUCUGACCUCAGGCUUUCUCUCUAUGAAGAGGAACAGGCGGUCUCUUUUACAGAUUGUGCUUCAAUACUUGAAAAAUAAACGUCUCGUGUCAAACAUAAGAAA